UUCGGUGUGCUAGUUUGUCAUGACGAUAAAAAAUUCGGUGGAAUUAUUGGUAUGGGAAAACGAUAUAUCGAUGUAUUUGGAAAUAAGAGCAACCCUGAGCAAGAAGAAUGGCUUAUAUUUUCCACAGUUUACGGCGAACUGCCGUCGGAAAAAGAUUUAGAUACUUUCACCGGUUUCUUCAUUUCCGGAAGUCCUCUGCUUCCAAACGAAGACCUCAAGUGGAUCAACGAUUUGAAGACAUUUAUCCGAAGAGCUUUCCAACACCCUGCUAAGCCUCGUAUUGUUGGCGUCUGUUUUGGACAUCAGGUUAUCGCCUCGGCACUGGGAGGAAAAGUAACUUCCUCUCCGUCGAAGAAAUUUGUUCUACAAAGCGAGAAGAUCAAAGCUAAGGAACAUUUUCGCUUUCAAGGCCACAAAGCUUUUAGAGAGCUUUUUGAGAGCCAUGAUUCUCUACGAUUGCUUGAGUCUCAUAGAGACUUUGUUGAAAUCCUCCCUGCUAAAGCUCUAAGUUUGGCGAGCUCUGCAACCUGCGAACAUGAAAUGGUUCAGUUUACGGAAAAUAUAUGUGGAAUUCAAGCUCAUCCAGAAUUUAAUGUGCAAGAUUACAAAGAAGUGAUAAUUCCUGGUAUGUUGGCUAGAGGUAAAAUUGACCAAAAAGGACAAAGACUUUGCGAAGAAACUCUUAAUCUGCCAUUGGAUUCAGCAAAAGUUGUGGCUGCAUUGAAGAAAUUUGCGUCUAAAGAGGAUACUUGACAAAUAGAAAGAACAUUGUAAAGUUGAUAAAGGAGUCAGUGCCAAAUUAUAGCUAUUUUUGUCAGAAAGGAUAACUGUCUAAAUUAAGGGAAAAGUCGCAUGAUAUGAGUAUUAAAGGUUUAUUCAAUCCGUUAAUUUUUCUUUUGGUCUCUAGGAACAACGUAUAAGGUAUGGAGAGAUCGGAGGUAUGGGAUGAUCCCGAUUAGGAUCAGUGAUCCGAGAUCACUUGGAUCAUGGUAGAUCAAAUGAACCGAUUAAUCCACUCGGGACAAGGAUUCAUCGGUUCAUUUGAUCUACCAUGAUCCAAGUGAUCUCGGAUCACUGAUCCUAAUCCGGAUCAUCCCAAAGGAAAGCACCCAGAGCGAUGUGCCCACCAUUACAAUCAGCGUUCUGCGCCACGAUGGGGAACUCUUGAUAAUAGUCCUCUAGCCGGAGAGUCUCCAUCCAAAAAGGGGGCCUGUUUUUGGCUUCCAGGCCCAGUUCUUUGAACGUCGAUUAGCGCUAACCCGGGAGAUAAUUUUUAAUCCGGGCCUCUUUUUCUUUUGUUCAAUUUGAAUUGUGACUCUGACGAGUGUUCUGUCUGUGACGAUUGUUGUGACCCUGAAGAGUUUUGUUUUUAUGCUUUCAUAUCUGAGUUCAAAUUUCGCACUAACCCUGGUUUAUCUGAACCCAGUUUUGAACAACCCGGCCCUGCAUGGUAUUUUAAAAUAUAACAGGAUAGGAGCUUUCAUGAUCGAUAAGAAAGGUUAGGGAUUAAGUAUUAAAAAAGGCUCUUAAGGCCCAAAAUAUCUCGAAUAGAAGCAGAAGCACCUCAGGACUGAAUUUUUUUCUUAUCUAUUAAACGCUGCAUGAGAAUGAAAAGACGGCUUCCCUGCUUUAGAUUCACAAGUUUAGUAAUAGCCUGCGAAUAUAACCGCCUUUGAAAGGCAUACGUGCAUUCUCUCUUGACAUCUUUCAAUAAAUAAAGAUACGCGUAUACGGAAGGCAUCCCUUUUCGUUGUCAAAAAUAGUAUAUAAAUGAGUAAGGGCUUAAUUAGGCCAUAUGUAGGGCAGUGCCUCCACAUAUAAAACUUUGUUAAGUAUCCCUCAGAGCUUUGUUUUAAUACCUUCGCUAGUGUCGGAGUCAGAGUCGGGAUCGAAGUUGAAGUCGUGUGUCGGGGUCGAAAUCGACGUCUGAAUCAGAAAUACUGUGUUCCAAACCGAAACAUCGGACAAAUAGAAUUCACCAUGUUAUUUUUGUUUUCUAUUUUCUAUUACUUUUCCUGUUGUAAGGAUCAGUUUACCUGUUUUAAUUCUAAAAUUUGGCCUAAAUCAGAGUCGGAGACGCAGUUGAAGUCGGAGUAAGGGUCGGGUUGGAGUAGCUGGAGUCGGAGUCGUAAACGGAAUCGGAAGCGGAGUUAAAGUCGGAAUCGGAGUCGGAGUUGAAGUCGAAGUCGGAGAGAUACAGAGAGUUGAAGAGUGGAAGUCGGAGUUGAAGCAGAAGAUUACGCGAAGUCGUAAGAGCUCUUAUGACCUUGUCGUUGACAAUAAAAAAUCAGAGUAUUAA